AUGUUUACUUUUCUUGAUCUUAAUUACUGGUCUCUAUUAUUAAAACUUUACAAUUAUUCUUUUCAAAAGUCAAUUUUACCUUCCGCAUGGAAAGAUACCCGAAUGAUCUUAUUAGCAAAAAAAGAUUCCAUUUGUCCACCGUCUUUAACUCGUCCUAUUUCACUUCUCGAUUCAUUGCAAAAAAUAGGUGAGAAACUCUUUCUUACUCGAUUUCGUGAUCUUUUAUUUAGAAGAGGUCUUUUACCUAACAGUCAAUCAGGGUUUAGAGAACGUUUUCAUUUACAAACACGUUUACUUCUCUUUCUUGAAGCUAUAUACAGUCUUAUGUCAAAUAGUGCUCCAGUUUGCACUAUUUUUGUAGAUUUUCGGGCUGCUUUUGAUCAACUGUGGUUUCUAGGUUGCGUUGAAAAAUUACGAAAUUUGGGUAUCCUUUCAUUUUUUCUCAAUUGGAUUGAAUCAUGGUUAAAUAACAGACGUUGCUUCAUAGAAAUCAAUGGUAGUAAAUCUUGUUGGUUCUCUAUCGAAAAAGGUGGCCCUCAAGGAAGUGUUUUUACUCCAACCUUAUUCAUCACAUAUAAUUGUGAUAUGGGUAGUUCCCUAUCUGGUUGCAUAAGUCACUUCUUUGCUGACGAUUUAGCUUGA